UCUGACCUUGUAUGACAUGUUUCGCCGGCAAGACAACUGUACGCUCCUCCGCAACACUUGGGCGGUGGCAGCCACGAAGGUGCAGUCAGCUGACGGCGAUGAUUGGACAGUUACAGAGGUGAUUGCAGAGAACCAAGAGACACAAACUCGAUAUAGCGUCAAGGGCAAGGUCUUCAUCGAUGCGACGGGGGAUGGGCGCCUCGCCGCUGAGGCAGACAUUCCUUACAUUAUCGGUGAGGCGCGGUAUCGGCGGGAAUGAGACAGAUAGCAUUGCCAGUCGUGUCUACCUGGCCGCAGGGCGUGAGGGCAGAGACAGAUUUGGAGAAGCACUAGCCGACAUGCAGGAUGACAACGAGACGAUGGGCAGCUCACUGGCCUUCACGUCACGUGACAUGGGGGAGAAAAUGACAUUUCAGGCACCAGAAUGGUUGGUGGGAAGCCCAGUGCUACUGGUCUUAUCCCCUCUUCAUCUCAUUGCACAGUGCUUGUUCAUGAUCAGGGCCACAAAGUACAGACAGUCAGAUUUCAGAUUUCGCCGCAUAAGCGACAUUGACCACGGCUGGUGGUGGAUGGAGGUGGCGUGGCCCUAUAACACUAUCCGCGACAACGAGGCCAUCCGUAACACACUAAUGGAGAGUCUGCUUGGUAAAUCACACACACAGUCACACCAGUCACAGAGAUAGACAACUGAGCCAGGCGUUCUUCAUGUUAUUUAUGCUGCCCACACAGGAAUAUGGGACUACGUAAAGAACAGCGGCAAGUAUCCUAAGGCAGAGAAUCUCGCUCUUGAUUGGCUGGAGUGGUGGCCAUGCAAAAGAGAAGGUAGGUGACGAUCAUAUGCACGGCCUGUUUUCUGUGGCCCUAGGAUUUGAAGGUCCGAUUUACGUGGUAGGUCGUCGUUUCCAGGGUUUGUACACAAUGACACAAAAUGAUGUCUUGCCAGACGUGAGUGCGCGAGGAGGUAAUGUUCCUCCUCCCGCACCUUAUUGGGAUCGUGUAUCUCACGGCGGCUGGUAGGUCUUCGAAAUAGACCCGAGCCCCGAUACCGAGACAUGUGGCAUGUUUGCUCAUUGCAGGCCACUCGACCUGCACAACAUCAAAGGGAUACUCGACACCGCAAGACCUCCGUAUGCUUCUUUCAACAUGCCUCUCAUGUACAGUUAA